AUGGCUUUCGUUGGCCAUUGUUUGUGUAUAAUCUACUAUGUUACUUUUACGACGUUGUUACCCUUGUUGGUUAACGCAGAUGACAUUUUUCUCGAAUGGCAAGUAAAUAUUGACACGACAAUUAGACCUAUUUCAGUUGAUCAACCGGUCAUAACGAUCAAUGGGAUGUUUCCUGGACCUCUGAUUAACGCGACUACUAAUGAUAUUAUACAUGUUAAUGUAUUCAAUAACAUGGACGAACCUCUUCUGAUCACGUGGAAUGGCAUACAACAAAGGUUGAAUUCAUGGCAAGAUGGAGUGUCGGGUACAAACUGCCCGAUCCAACCCGGUGUUAAUUGGACUUAUGUGUUCUUUUUGAAAGACCAAAUUGGCACAUUUUCUUACUUCCCUUCCAUCAACUUUCACAAGGCUGGUGGUGCUUUUGGCCCGAUUCGAGUCAAUAACCGGGUCGUGAUACCAACUCCAUUUCUUAAACCUCAUGGAGAGUUUGACCUUCUUAUUGGAGAUUGGUAUGAAGAGAGUUUUAAGGACAUUCGGUCACUUUUGGACAAGUCGGAUCUUUACCAACAUCCAAAGACAAUGCUCAUGAAUGGACGUAGCCGUUACCCCCAAACAAAUCAAACCUUUGUUGUUAAAAAAGGUGAAACAUAUUUAAUAAGGAUAUCAAACGUUGGAACAGAAAGAAGUAUCAAUUUCAGGAUUCAAAAUCAUCCAAUGCUACUAGUUGAGACAGAAGGGUCAUAUACGAGCCAAAUGAUGUUAGAUUCACUUGAUAUACAUGUGGGUCAAUCUUACUCGGUUUUGGUAACAACUAACCAACCCGAGGCCGACUAUUACAUAGUGGCAAGCCCAAAAUUGGUCGAUGCACCAGAUUCUAGCAGCCUAAAUGGUGUUGGGGUGUUACAUUAUGAUAACGCUACUAAACCUGUCAGUGGCCCAUUACCAGCUGGGCCGGACCCAUUUGACCUUGACUUUUCAAUUAUUCAAGCCAAGUCAAUCAGGUGGAACUUGACGGCAGGGGCAGCAAGGCCAAACCCACAAGGAACAUUCAACGUGUCGAAUGUCACUUUAUCUCAGACAUUUAUUCUCCGAGGGUCAUUGUCUAACAUCAAUCGCUCUGCUCGCUACACUAUAAACAAUGUAUCAUAUUGGGUGCCCAACACCGCUUUAAAACUAGCUGAUUACUAUAACAAUGGCUCAGGAACUUACCAGCUUGAUGCAUACUCUGCCAAUUCAUCAAAUCCUACUGCUAUUGAUGGCACUUUUGUCGUUACUGGGACUCACAACGGAUGGCUUGAACUUGUGUUUAUGAACAACUUUGAAGUUAUUGAUACUUGGCAUUUAGACGGUUUUGGGUUUUACGUUGUAGGGUUUGGCGUUGGAGAGUGGACUCCAGAUGAGAGGUCAAUGUACAAUCUUUAUGAUCCAGUUGUUCGUUCAACGGCUCAGGUUUAUCCAGGAGGAUGGACCGCGGUUUAUGCAUACCUAGACAACCCUGGAAUGUGGAACUUAAGAUCGCAAGUAUUAAAGCAUUGGUACUUAGGCCAAGAGCUCUAUAUUCGGGUCUAUGAUCCUGAUCCAAAUCCGGCUAAAGAACGACCGCCACCAUCCAACCUUCUCUUUUGCGGAUCCGUCAUUCCUCCAUCACCUCCACCAGCACCAAAGCCACCAACACCACCAACGCCGUCU